GUGACUCAACUCUUUUCUCCAAGAUGGAAACUCCAAUUGUACCAGGACGCAAUGGGGAGACCGAUGAUAUGGAAUCGCAAGGCUUUGCUGCCGCUGCGUCGAUAUGGCACAAGCACGAGUACAAGUACAAGUACAGCUCAUCCGCCAAUCGUUAGGAUCAACAAUGGCACAUUUUAUCGACAUCAUCCAAAUUCUUCUCAUCAUGUCCCCGGGCAUGCGAAUCCUGCCUUAUUCGAGAAAUUGAACUUUGAAAUCCCUUCUUUUUCGGACCGCCAGAAACAUUGGGCUAUACUCGGAGCUUCAUCGUCUGGCAAAACUACAUUAUUGCAGGUUCUAAGAGGAGGACUUUUAUGCAUUCCGCCAACUGCGCGAUCAUAUCCAUAUCUUAGCAGCGAUGCUUCCAAGCCACGAACUCCAACCAAGGCGAUCAAAUAUGUAGGAUUUGAUGGGGAACAAGGACUAGGAAAACAGGCUCCGAAAAAUGCAUAUUUGAGUGCGCGCUAUGAGUCGAGGAGAGAGGAUACAGAUUUCAGCGUGUGGGAUUAUUUGCAAGGGAAUACGGAACUCAACCCUUCAACGAAGAUAGAUGGCAAUGGAUUUGAUCCUGAAAUACUUGUUCGUGUGAUAAAUGACUUACGACUGGGAGAGUUAUUGAACAUGCCGGUAUCGAAUCUGAGCAAUGGACAAACGAGACGAUCGAGGAUUGCGAGGGCUUUGUUGGAGAAUCCAGAAGUUUUGCUUUUGGAUGAACCGUUUAUGGGCUUGGAUCCUCCUACCUUGUUGACUUUGAGUCCGAUGUUGCAUCGAUUGGCUAAGGCGAACACUCCGAGACUUGUGUUGUCGUUGAGACCGCAGGAUCCUAUACCGCACUGGAUUACGGAUCUGGUGUAUUUGAAGGGGAAUUGUGAAGUUGCUUUCUUGGGACCAAAGGAUGAUGUUUUGGGUCAAUUGAGAGAUCAUGUUGAGAGGAGUGGGGAUGGAAGUGAUAGUUUGAAUAUUCAUUUGACGCCGUCGUCUUUAAAGGAGAUUGGGAGGAAGUUAACUUUGGAGGGAAUUGAACAACCUAGCUUUGAGGAAAGCGUGGCUACAAGUGGCAAUUCUACGGUCAUCCGAGAGGAUAUUCAAGAAAAGACGGGUCCAAUGAGCCGUGAUGGUUACCCUCUGAAUGAUGUUAAGCCAUCAGAAACAGGUGAAGCGCUCAUAGAGAUGGAAGGUGCCCGGGUGAAGUAUGGAGAUAAAUCUGUUCUUGGUAACUGGACUGAAACAGUAGAUGGUGUCGAAAAAGAUGGUUUGUGGUGGAACGUUAAAAGAGGUGAAAGAUGGGGUAUUUUCGGACCCAACGGUUCUGGAAAAACAACUCUUCUAUCUUUGAUAUGUUCUGAUCACCCCCAAACAUAUUCUCUUCCUAUUCGUCUAUUUGGAAAAUCUAGAUUACCAGAACCUGGCAAGCCUGGAAUAUCGAUCUUUGAUCUUCAAUCCAGAAUUGGUCACUCCAGUCCCGAAAUUCAUAAUCAUAUUCCUCGCAAUUUAACUCUGAGGAAAGUUCUCGCCAAUGCUUGGGCGGAUACUUUUAUGGGGAUACCAAAAUUGAAUGUUAAUGCAAAUGAACGCAUAGAUUCAGCAUUGCGAUGGUUUGAACAAGAUCUGAGAUUAGGAGGAGUCACUGGUCAAAAUGAUGAGCAUGAAUCUCUAUCAUGGGCUGAUGAUGUUUUGUUUCGCGAAAUGCCAUUUUCAUCUCAAAGAGUAGCACUCUUUCUACGGGCCAUAAUCAAAGCACCAGAUUUAGUUAUUCUAGAUGAAGCAUUUAGCGGUAUGGAUGAUGGCGUUCGUGAUAAAUGUCUUUUAUUCCUAGCCCACGGCGAAGAAAAACAAUUUGCACACAUUCAACACGAAAAAUCUGCUAAUGAUGUGGAAACCACAACGAAGAAUCUUCAGAUUGUCGAGUCAAAUGUUUCAAAGGAAGGGAAAGUGAAGGUUAAAGGAUUGAGUCAGAACCAAGCACUUCUCUGCAUCAGUCAUGUGAGAGAAGAGAUACCGGGGAGUGUGAGGGAGUGGAUUUGUUUACCGGAGGCGAACACGGGGAAAGGAGCACGGUUUGGGAAGCUGGAUGGGCCGAUUGAGGGGAAUUGGAGAAGGUGGGGGGAAAUUUGGGGCUUGGGGAGUUAGUGGUUGGGAAUUGAAGAGGGAUGUUGGAAAAGGUUUAAAUUAGAAAGGAGAGGAGAAAGGAGAGAUGAUGUAAUAGAAUCGAAGAUGUGGAAAUUUUCGGAUGAUGAGGGAGAGAGAUAUCGUGGGAUACUAGAGAUUGGUUUGUUGGUGCUGUUUGUGCUGUUUGUGUAGAGUAGGGUAGAAGGAUCUUUCCAUCAGACAAACAGUCAAACAUUCAUGAUAUAGGAUUUGCAAAUCUUCUUUUACACUCUUCUUAUCUCUACCAUCAGGCAUUUGAGAUACACUAGCCAGACACUCUCCAUAACGCGGGAAUCAAAGUCACAUCCCUGCGAAUCAUUCAAGUUAUUUA